AUGUCCUUGCCACCCAGUGUCAAGAGGCAGCGGACGGACGCUGCUGCUGCCGUCCCAUCUGCUGCAUCCACAUUUUUUGCACCCUUGAGAGACAAAGUCAAGAUCGAACCUGUAUGGCGACUAGAUGGCACACUCCUCACCGGCACAUUCAAGAAGUCUGCUCAAACACAAACUGACACCACACAUCCUAUCAAGCUCGCAGCAUUUGAUCUAGACGAUACCUUGAUAAAAACACGCUCCGGAAAGACCUUCUCUCAGAGUGAAUCUGAUUGGAAGUUCUUCGAUUCGAGCGUCAAACCACGCCUGCUUAAACUUGCAGCAGAGGGCUAUACACUUGUCAUCUUUAGCAAUCAGCAAAAUGGCUCACAGCAGAAUGGGAUUGUGUUGAAAGAUGGAGCAAAGCGUUAUGAGCAGUUCAAGCAAAAGAUUCGAGGCAUCAUGAUGACACUGGCCACUCCACUCAUUUGCUAUGCAGCCACGGGCAAGGAUCGAUUCCGAAAGCCGAAUACUGGCAUGCUACAGCAUUUCCUUGAUCAUCAAUAUCCUGGUCGCUCGCUUGAUAUGCAACACUCCUUCUUCGUCGGAGAUGCGGCUGGCAGGAUCCCGCAAGGCAAGCUGCUGGUCGACUUUAGCUGCACUGAUCGCAAGUUCGCUCAUAAUGCUGGUCUAGUAUUCCACACACCUGAUGCAUUCUUUUGCAAGAUGCCUGAGCGUGACUUUACCUGGUCGAAAGAAAAUGACUUUGAUAUAUCAAAAUUCACCGCAGUUGACGAGUUGCCAGUCAUCAUCGGAUCAAACAAGCAAGAACUUGUUCUCAUGGUGGCGCCACCUGCUGGAGGUAAGACAACCUUCUUCUUUCGCUACUUUGAGCCACUUGGCUACGUGCACAUCAAUCAAGACACGCUCAAAACCCGGCCUCGCUGUCUAUCUGCGGCAGCAGAGGCACUGAAACAAGGACUGAAUGUGCUUGUUGACAAUACAAAUCCUGCCAAGUCAACACGCGCUGAAUGGAUUGCUCUUUGCACAACAUUGCAAGUACCGAUCCGCUGUUUCGUACUGGAUACGCCACUUAUCAUUGCCUACCACAAUAAUGCAUACAGAGCUCUUGGGCAACCUUCUGAGGAUCUAGAGAGGCGUGAAUUGCUUCCACAAAUAGCAUUCUCCACAUUCGCAUCAGCAUAUCAAGAGCCAGAGUUGGGAGAGGGCUUUACUGAGGUGGUACACGUGCCUUUUGUGCCAGACUCCACUCGAUCCGCUUGGCGCCAGUGGUACUCGUAA